UCGGGCAAGUUGAACCCGAUACCAAAUAAUCGGGCCAUUUGAACCCGACUUCAAUAAAUCGGGUUUAUUGAACCCGAUUUUGUGCCCAGCACGAAAUUUUCCCGCCUUUUCGCGUUCGCACCGCCGUGUUUCCCUCCCGCCUUUGCCGCCACCCUUCCCGCCACUUCUUCCCGCCACUCCUUCCCGCCAUCAUCUCCCGCCACUAUCUCCCGCUAAAUUUUCCCGCCACACUGUCGAAUUUUUGCCUAUAAAAGCAGGCAUCGCUACUCUGGAUUGCACAAGUUCUUGUAUCUCUAUUUUAUCCCGUUUGCUCACUCUUAGCCAUCAUGAGUGUGCCGUGCUCUGACCAGGAGUUUAGGCCGGUGAAGGCGAAGGCUGCAAGUUUACCCCCGGGUGUGACUGCGGAGCGUUGUUGGUGCGGCCGUGUUACUAAGGUUAAGCAGGUGGAGGAUUUCUCCGACCAGUUCGGCAUGAAAUUUUUCAUGUGUGCGAGCUAUGAGCAUGAUCCACCCCGUAGUUCAGCUUCGUCGUCCACCAGGCCGCCGUCUCCCCCGCCCCUAUGCAAAUGGUUUCACUGGAUAGACACGGAGCAGCCGGAUUGGGCGCGCGAGGAGGUUGAGGAGAAACAGCGCCGUGCGUGGGCAACGUUCUUUGAGGAGGAGCGUUGGGAAAAGGUUCGUGCUAAUGAGAAAGCAGAGCGAGAGAGGCAGAUACGGAAACUAAGGGCGGAACAAGCUCGUAACCGAGAGGUGAAUCGGAAGAGGAUGGAUGAUGAGGCUGCACGUAGGUUUGCAGACGAAGAGGUUCGCAGGGAGGCUCGUGAAGCGGAAAGGAAGAGACUAAGGGAAAGAGCUGCUGAAGCGCAAGCGGCGGAAGAACGCGGCGACAACUGCAAUGUAUCUUCAUUUCUGUUUUAG